CCACCGCUCACGUAUUCACACAACACGUACGGUAAAGGAGAGAGAAAGUCAUAAGCAUGAAAAUAACUGUCAUCCACCCUGAUUUAAAGCGCAGUCAUAUUCGAUUUAGUGAGAGACAGAAGACCAAGUUGUCGGCCUUAUUUAAGCAAUUUCCACAAGGGACAGUUAUAAAACGGCUUGGACGAACGGUCGACGCCGACAGAGAAUGCUUGAUAAGUAAGGUUUUCACUCACGGCGACGUUGCUGAAGCAUUCUACACACAGCUGGUCGAAACAAGGAAGCUAUGGAGGUGCAUGAAAAAGUCAGCUGACCAGUGCAUGAUAACACUGGACACAGAUGUGCAAAGGGCAGAAAUGCCGUGCGGACAUGCUAUCACACCUCAGGCCCUGUAUGACUAUUGCUGGUGUGAGCUGGAGAAAGGAAGUUCCAAAAUCACGUGUCCUUAUAUCACAAACAUUAAGGGAGAAACCUGCGGAUACAUGUGGAAAAGACAAGCUAUCACACUUUCUGCUGCUAUGUCCAAAACAGAAAAGAUGUUAUUUCAAACUAAGCUCGACAAAAAUCGAAUCAAGCAGCAAGAAACGGAAUCGAAAAAUGUGUACCCUGAUGACAUCAUGAUUUCGCUUCUCCAUAAUUCGCCAAAACUAUUAGGAUAUGGACGUACGAACGCUUUAAAACACCGGGCAUGUCCUAAGUGUUGGAGUAUAAUUGAACAUGCGGACGGAUGUUUGUCAAUGACAUGUCAGUACCCUUCUUGUGGCUUCCGUUUCUGCUUUAGAUGUCUAGAUGAAUACGGACCAGGGAUAGAUCAUUGUAAGUGCCUGCAAGCACCUUUACAAUUUGCAUCCGAUUGAAAAAGGAGAUUUGGUUCAAACCAUUUCACAUUCGGUGAACUAAAUUUAUCACAUUACUUGAUACCGACUGAUACUUGCCCACGAUGUAUAUAACAGUCAAAUGUUGGUAAACAAGUGUCUCUCACAGAUCUUAGCGUCUGUUUAAUACCACUGUAGUACACUGUGUUGCGUUAUACAUUUGAACAUGCUUCUGUGUUGUUAAGUGUUGUCCAUAUAUGCAUAAAUGUUAUAAUGUACCAUUAUUAUUUUGAUAAUAAACUGAAAUGUUUUGACAGAGUGUUAUAUAAUCAUGAUUGUGUGAUUUAU